GUCUGAAUGGAUGUUUAAAAGUAUUCACUUCUAUUUAUACAGUGUUCACAAGACGACUCGUUCAGCAGGUCUAUGUUUGUCUUGAUGUUACUGACUUGUAUAAUCACUUGGUGGCCAGUAACACGUUUUGAAACAUCACGCUUCCUUUUUCAUCCUCGAAUACGGCCUUCACUCCGCAGCCAUAUCACAACGGAUGCCUUUCAGCUGAGUAUUAAAGACAGCUAUUAAGUGUGAUAUCUUCUCUGCAUGCACCAUUUAAGAUGGGCUUUCCCACAACCGUUCUUCUUCUUCUAUUACCAGGCGCCAUACAUUGUCUUGAGCUGAAGUAUCUCCUCACCCUUCCCAUGAGUGUUGAACACGAAUUCGAAGUCAAAUACUCGGCAUCAAAAGCUGUUGAUGCUGUGCUUCAGAAGCCUGGAUUAAACGCCACUCUUUACCCCUCCAAACAAGGCGUUUUCAGAAUACCUGGAAAUGAAUCUUAUCUGGUCGGAGGCAAAGAAAAUAAAGCCCUCAUUUUGAGUCUCACCACGCACGAUGAUGUCAUCAUUGGUUCUUUCGAAGCCACGGUUAUGUGCUCAGCCCAUUGGGCAGAACACUAUGCAUACCUUGCCUUGCCAUUCUCAGCCCUAGGAACUCACUACAUCAUCUCAACAUACACACCGGGAGAAGUAGGACGUGCCCAGAUGGUCAUUAUCGCAUCUGAUGACGACACUGAUGUCACUAUCGCACUGCAGUCCUCCAAACCUGUUACGGUUCUGGAUAACACUUACACAAAGGGGCAGAUAAUUCAGUUGACCUUAAACCAGUACCAGUCAUUGUCGUUUGAGGCUUCGUCCGAUAUUACUGGAACCGUUGUCCGCAGCUCCAAGGCUGUGGCAGUGUUUUCUGGGAACUUCAGAAAUCGUUUCCCUUUCAACGCAGUUUUCAAUAAUACAAGAGACCCAACGUUCGAGCAACUUCCCCCCGUGUCCCUGUUAGGUCAGGUGUAUGUGGUUCCUCGAAUACCCUCUUGUGUUUACCAAGAAGCUAAGUUCAUCGCUGCGUUUGAAGGAACAGUGCUUCGUGUAUCUCAAACGGCUGCCAGCAUCACCCUCAGAGAAGCAGAUCAGACCUCUUUAGAAGUAAGACAGAGUCUCUAUCUAUUUGCCAGCAAACCUAUCCUUGUCACGACAAUGUGUCGAUGGAAAACGGGUCUUAAUCCAACGUCUUUGACAUUUAUACCUCCCGUUGAGCGAUACAAAAAGGUUUACCCUGUUCCAAGUCCACACACGGGUGACGCAACAUUUCACCUCACGAUCAUUGCCUGUUAUUCUGGCAAAACUGGAUUAACUAUAGACAAGAAUCUUCUUACGGGAAAAAAGUACCUUCAGUGGGAAAGAGUUGAAAACUUUGUUGUCACCACAAUGGCGGUACCUAAUGGCCAACACGUGGUGGAAGCGGAUUCACCCUUUGCGUUGAUUGGCCUGGUGUAUGAAGCAAGUGUAACCUCCUCGACAAGUCAGUUGUGUUUGGGAUUUGACUUGGAACAAACAGGCGACAGUUUCUGUUCUCUGUCUCUCACAUCACCAGGAAAGACCACUACAGCGCAAAGCAGUUCUUCACACAUGCCACCGACAAUCACGUCAGAGCAAGAGACGUCCAUGCCAACAUAUGCUGUUAUCCUCGUUGUUGUCGCUGCUGUUGCUGUUGUUGCUGUUUUCAUAUUGGCUGCAGUUAUAAUCAUACAGAGACACAGACCACCAUCUUCCGACUCCAGCAAUUUGACGGAUUCCACCUACGCAUCCGUGGAUGCUAUUUCUCGGUUCGAUGACCUACAUAACACUGUACCAACUGACUCAAGAAUGUCCUCAGGAUCACUCUCGCCCUCCUACAUCGAAAUUAUUCAUUUACCGACAGGUGUCGAAACCAUAACCAUUUCUUAAAAAAACCGUGCACACCACAAAUACAGUAACUGACAUCAUGAGCAUCGAUCUACGCAUCUGGAAUGCAUGACAUGUGUCAACCAUGUGUCAGCGAGCCUGACCACCCGAUGUAACGACAAGCAUGUGACGAUCAAGCAUAAGACCCAGGGGCCCGUUUCACACUGCGAUCGUAGCGCUACGACUGUUGUAAGUCUAUGUUGAAGUAUAGGAGUUACGAUCACCUUAGCGCUACGAUAGCUUUGUGAAACGGGGCCCAGAUCUGCACGGAUAGUUUGGCAUACUGUAUACUCUUGUAUGCGCUAUGAGCACGCCCCAAUGGAGUUUAGCGCCAUAUAAAUGGACAUUAUUAUUAUUAUUAUUAUUAUUAGUAGUAGUAGUAGUAGUAGUAGUAGUAGUAGUAGUAGAAGUAUACUGCUUUCUACUGUUAUCAGUACCCGUGA